UUCGAAUUUACUGACUUCUGUCUGACUCUUGGGCCAGCACAAUGCUUCUGCUGUUCAAAGAAAACCAGUCCAAAUUACCUAAGCGAGAGCUUUUUCAUGGUGAAAGGCGCAGCCCUUUUCUUACAACAAGGAAACAGCUCCCAGGGCCAGCGAAGUCUCCAGCAUCCUCACAAACAUGCAGGUGAUUUGCCCCAGCACCUCCAGGUGAUGAUCAACCUCCUUCGCUGUGAGGAUAGGAUCAAACUGGCUGUCCGUUUGGAAAGUGUAUGGACAGACCGAGUCCGGUACAUGGUGGUUGUAUACAGCAGCGGACGACAGGACACAGAAGAAAAUAUUCUGCUGGGUGUGGAUUUCUCCAGCAAGGAGAGUAAAAGCUGCACUAUAGGAAUGGUUCUGCGUCUGUGGAGUGAUACUAAAAUCCAUCUUGAUGGUGAUGGUGGCUUCAGCGUGAGCACUGCAGGAAGAAUGCACAUCUUCAAGCCAGUGUCGGUGCAAGCCAUGUGGUCUGCUUUACAGAUCCUCCAUAAAGCCUGUGAAGUUGCAAGAAGGUACAACUACUUCCCAGGUGGCAUGGCCUUGGUCUGGGCCACGUACUACGAAAGCUGCAUCAGCUCCGACCAGAGCUGCAUCAAUGAAUGGAAUGCGAUGCAGGACCUGGAGUCCACCCGCCCUGACUCUCCAGCCCUCUUUGUUGACAAGCCGACUGAAAGAGAACGAACAGAACGGCUCAUUAAAGCCAAACUCCGGAGCAUCAUGAUGAGCAAAGACCUGGAAAAUGUGACUUCUAAGGAGAUACGAAAUGAGCUGGAGAAACACAUGAAUUGCAACUUGAAGGAAUUCAAGGAAUUUAUAGACAAUGAAAUGCUGCUUAUCCUGGGUCAGAUGGACAAACCGUCUCUGAUUUUUGAUCAUUUAUAUCUGGGUUCGGAGUGGAACGCUUCCAACCUCGAGGAGCUGCAGGGCUCAGGCAUUGACUACAUUUUGAAUGUGACCAGGGAAAUUGAUAAUUUUUUCCCCGGUUUGUUCGCAUAUCACAAUAUCCGAGUGUAUGAUGAGGAGACAACAGACCUCCUGGCUCACUGGAACGAGGCGUACCACUUCAUAAAUAAGGCCAAGAAGAAUCAUUCCAAGUGCCUGGUGCACUGCAAAAUGGGUGUGAGCCGGUCAGCAUCUACUGUCAUAGCUUAUGCAAUGAAGGAAUUUGGCUGGUCACUGGAAAAGGCCUAUAAUUACGUGAAGCAAAAACGCAGCAUUGCAAGACCAAAUGCAGGCUUCAUGAGACAGCUUUUGGAAUAUGAAGGCAUUUUAGAUGCGAGCAAGCAGCGCCACAAUAAACUGUGGAAGCAGCAGGCAGAGAGCAACCUACCCCAGAACACAGACGGCACCAUGGGCUCGGGCGACUUCUUACUCGAGAGCUUAGACAUCGACCUAGAAAACCGCCUGGCUGACCUGGACACACCUUCGCAGCCGGCAUACCUGGACAACCGUGCCGGCACAGAAACGUGUGUGGGGUUUAAUUACUGCUUCCAUCGCCUCUCAGACACGCUGCUGGAGAACAAGAUUCCCGGUGACAGGGAAGGUUUUUUCCACGUGGAGGAGCUGGAGCGGGAUGCGCUUGCGGAGCGCACUGCCUCGCUGGUGGGACAGCCUCCUUCUGCACCUUCAGAGGGAAGGCUGCUGGAAACAGCAAAAGCCCUGGAGACAGCAGAGCCGCUGGCAGAGCUGAGCAGUUUCUGCGAGAAGGAGGUGAAGAAGAAACUGGACUUCAGCCCCCGGAAGGGAAGGAUACUGCUGGGCCCUGGGGACCUGGGGGAGGAUGGUGUCAGGGAGGAAAAUCCGAUGGAGAAGUGGAAGCGGCGUUUGUCCAUGCACAAGGAGGAGAGCAGGCUUAAUAGAGAGAACUUGAAUAACAACAACAGCAAAAGGAGUUGCCCAGAGGAUUUUGAGCAUGAUGCCGUAUUUGGGAUCCUCAGUAAGGUGAAGCCUUCCUAUCAGUCCUGCACUGACUGCAUGUAUUCCUCAACCAGUUUGUCUCCUGACUCCUUUGGGGAGCAGUGCGAAAAGUUGAACCCCGGCACUGUGCGUCGCAACGCUACCAUCUGCACGCAACCAGCCCUCCUCUCCCACAUCAAUUCCAACUUGGCGGACCACCUGCCCAGCAAGGCACACUCAGAGGAAGCAAUCAGAACUAAAAGUAACGAGGCUCCUCUUCCUCUGUCGGCAGGAACUGCUCCUUUGGAGGCUGACACUUGCAAAUCGCUUGAGCAACACUGCAGCAUUUUGGAGAAAGGAAAAGAUGCACCAAAAACCCCGGUCAAAACUCUGCCACCCAGGAGAAACUCACACUGUGACAAGAGCCUCCUUAAUGCAGAAGUGAUAAAAGAAGAGUCUCUAGCCAGAAAAGACAGCAAACCUACCAAGGAUCUGAAGUACUUGUUGUUCAGCAAAGACUUGGAAAAGCCAACUGCAAACAGUUACUUGAUGCAGCAUCAGGAGUCUCUUAUUCAGCUGCAGAAAGCAGGCUUGGUUAGGAAGCACACCAAAGAGCUGGAGCGGUUGAAGAGCUUGCCCUCGGAUGCCUCAUCGCUGCUCAGAGAGAGCUCCCUCAGCAGAGUCGACUCCGGCAUUGUGGAGGAAAGCGAGGGUUUGAUUUCACAUCACGGCCUCGUACCUUUCCUGGGACCAGCCCCAUUGAUACCCGAAGAUGCGGAAAAUGAUGUGGAGAAGUUAGAGGUGAAACGCGUCUUGGAGGGGAUCUCUCAGAAAACCUCCACACCUGUCAUGUAUCGGUUGGAGCACACGAGCAGUUUCACCAAGGACUUCUUGAAGACCAUCUGCUACACCCCCUCCUCCUCCCGGAGCUCCAACCUGACACGUAGCUCCAGCAGCGACAGUAUCCACAGCGUGCGGGGCAAGCCCGGCCUGGUGAAGCAGCGAACUCAGGAAAUUGAGACCAGGUUGCGGCUGGCUGGCUUGACUGUGUCUUCUCCUCUGAAAAGGUCCAAUUCUCUCGCCAAGCUAGGAUGUCUUAACUUGUCCUCUGAGGACUUAUCAAGUGACAUGGACGUGUCAACUGUAACGGACUCAAAAGAGGCUGCUUCAAGCGAGUCUUCCGUGCUCUGUGAGCCACAAUCCACGCUGAGGAGUGCAGACGUCACCUCCAAACUGGCAGUGAAGCCAGUGGUCGGAAACUUGAAGAACACGCUUUGGAUGGGCAAAAGUUGA